AACCUUUUUGACAUUUCAGAAAAUCAACAAUCAGUUUUCAACGUCACUAGAUUUAAAAUUUUUUAAUUGUAAAACAAAAUGUGGGAAUUUUUUAAAAAAUUAAGACGAUUUGAUGCGUACCCCAAAACAUUAGAAGAUGUAAGGAUACAAACAUAUGGAGGCGGAGCAAUUACCAUCAUUAGUAUUAUCAUUAUGAGUUUACUAUUCUGGUCUGAGUUUUUAAAUUAUAUGACGCCUGAUGUUACUGAAGAAUUAUUUGUGGAUACGUCUAGAAGUCCAAACAUUCAAAUAAACAUAGAUUUUAUCAUUCCAAAGAUAUCCUGUGAUUUUUUAGCAUUAGACGCAAUGGAUUCUUCAGGAGAGCAACACUUAGAAAUAGAUCAUAAUGUAUAUAAGAGAAGAUUAGAUCUGGAAGGAAAGCCUAUAGCUGAUCCUAAUAAAAUUAAUAUUACUAUAUCCAAAAACACAACGCAGCCCAAUGCUAACAAAACAGAGUGUGGAAGCUGUUAUGGUGCGGCAGAUCGUUGCUGCAACACAUGUGAGGAAGUAAAAGAAGCCUACCGUGAACGUAAAUGGGCUUUGGAUAAUAUUGAAACCAUAUCUCAAUGCAAGGAUGAAAAAUAUAGUGAAAAAUUAAAGACUGCGUUUACACAAGGCUGCCAAAUUUAUGGUAGCCUAAUCGUAAAUAGAGUGAGCGGCAGUUUCCAUAUAGCACCAGGAGAAAGUUUUAGUGUUAGUCAUUUGCAUGUUCAUGACGUUCAGCCGUUUUCGUCUAGUGAAUUUAACACAUCACACAGAAUAAGGCAUUUAUCAUUUGGCGAUAGGAUAGAAAGUCAUACACACAAUCCUCUUAAAGAUAUAGAAGUUUUUGCAAGUGAAGGCUCUACAAUGUUCCAGUACUAUUUAAAAAUCGUUCCUACGGCUUAUGUUAGAAGAGAUGGUACCAUUAUUAGUUCUAACCAAUUCUCAGUAACAAAACAUCAAAAGGUAGUUUCUAUUGUGAGUGGGGAAUCGGGUAUGCCAGGUAUAUUUUUCCAGUACGAGCUUUCCCCUUUAAUGGUAAAAUACUCUGAGAAGGAAAGAUCUUUUGGUCAUUUCAUCACGAAUCUCUGUGCAAUCAUAGGUGGAGUGUACACAGUAGCAGGUCUACUAGAUAGAUUUUUAUAUCAUUCUAUAAAAAUUAUACAGAAAAAAAUUGAAUUAGGCAAAUUUCAUUAAAUUUUAU